AGUUUCCUCGGAUACGGCGCGGGCUGGCGGAGGCGUAGGGCGGGUUGAAGAGCGUCCUGAACAGGAGCUUGGCUGUGGCGCGCGACCGGACUCUUGUUCUUUUCCGGGGGUGCCAUGGCCAGCGUCCACGAGAGUCUCUACUUCAACCCCAUGAUGACCAAUGGGGUAGUGCACGCCAACGUGUUCGGUAUCAAGGACUGGGUAACGCCGUAUAAGAUCGCGGUGCUGGUGCUGCUGAACGAGAUGGGCCGCACGGGCGAGGGCGCCGUCAGCCUCAUGGAGCGGCGGAGACUCAAUCAGCUCCUCCUGCCGCUGCUGCAGGGCCCAGAUAUCACAUUGUCUAAGCUUUAUAAGUUAAUUGAAGAAUCUUGUCCUCAGCUGGCAAAUUCAGUACAGAUCAGAAUCAAACUGAUGGCCGAAGGCGAAUUGAAGGAUAUGGAACAAUUUUUUGAUGACCUUUCAGAUUCUUUUUCUGGAACUGAACCAGAGGUUCACAAAACGAGUGUAGUAGGUUUGUUUCUGCGUCACAUGAUCUUGGCCUACAGUAAGCUCUCUUUCAGUCAAGUGUUUAAACUGUACACUGCCCUUCAACAGUACUUCCAGAAUGGUGAGAAAAAGACGGUGGAGGAUGCUGAUAUGGAACUGGCCAGCAGAGAGGAGGGUGAAAGAAAAAUGGAAAAAGAAGAACUUGACGUAUCUAUAAGAGAGGAGGAGGUAUCUUGCAGUGGGCCUCUGUCCCAAAAACAAGCAGAAUUUUUUCUUUCUCAACAGGCUUCUUUGCUAAAGAAUGAUGAGACCAAAGCCCUCACUCCAGCUUCUUUGCAGAAAGAAUUGAACAACUUGUUGAAAUUUAAUCCUGAUUUUGCUGAAGCGCACUAUCUCAGCUACUUAAACAACCUCCGGGUCCAAGAUGUUUUCAGUUCAACACACAGCCUCCUUCAUUAUUUUGACCGCCUGAUUCUUACUGGAGCCGAAAGCAAAAGUAACGGGGAAGAGGGUUAUGGCCGGAGCUUGAGAUAUGCUGCUCUGAACCUGGCCGCCCUGCAUUGCCGCUUUGGCCACUAUCAACAGGCAGAGCUUGCCCUGCAGGAGGCAAUUAGGAUCGCACAGGAGUCCAACGAUCACGUGUGUCUCCAGCAUUGCUUGAGCUGGCUUUAUGUCCUGGGGCAGAAGAGAUCUGACAGCUAUGUUCUGCUAGAACAUUCUGUGAAGAAAGCUGUACAUUUUGGGUUACCGUACCUCGCCUCCCUGGGAAUACAGUCCCUAGUUCAGCAAAGAGCUUUUGCUGGGAAGACUGCGAAUAAACUUAUGGAUGCCCUAAAGGACUCCGACCUGCUCCACUGGAAACACAGCCUGUCAGAGCUCAUUGAUAUCAGCAUCGCGCAGAAAACAGCCAUCUGGAGGCUCUACGGCCGCAGCACCAUGGCACUGCAGCAAGCCCAGAUGUUGCUGAGCAUGAACAGUUUGGAGGCGGUGAACGCAGGCGUGCAGCAGAACAACACGGAGUCCUUUGCCGUUGCACUCUGCCACCUCGCAGAGCUGCAUGCAGAGCAGGGUUGUUUUGCUGCAGCUUCUGAGGUAUUAAAGCACUUGAAGGAGCGAUUCCCACCUAAUGGUCAGCAUGCUCAGUUAUGGAUGCUGUGUGAUCAGAAAAUACAAUUUGACAGGGCAAUGAAUGAUGGCAAAUACCAUUUGGCUGAUUCACUUGUUACAGGAAUCACAGCUCUUAAUAGCAUAGAGGGUGUGUAUAGAAAAGCAAUCGUACUACAAGCUCAGAACCAAAUGUCAGAGGCGCACAAGCUUUUACAGAAAUUGUUGAUUCAUUGUCAGAAAAUCAGGAACGCAGAAAUGGUGAUCAGUGUCCUGCUGUCUGUGGCCGAGCUCUCCUGGCGAUCUUCCUCCCCUACCAUCGCACUGCCCGUGCUCCUGCAGGCUCUGGCUCUCUCCAAAGAGUACCGGUUACAGCAUUUGGCUUCCGAAACAGUGCUGAACUUGGCUUUUGCCCAGCUCAUCCUUGGAAUCCCAGAACAGGCCUUAAGUCUUCUCCACAUGGCCAUUGAGCCCAUCUUGGCAGAUGGGGCUGUCCUGGACAAAGGCCGUGCCAUGUUCUUGGUUGCCAAGUGCCAGGUGGCUUCAGCAGCUUCCUAUGAGCCACUGAAGAAAGUAGAAGCUCUAGAGGCUGCCAUUGAGAACCUCAGCGAAGCCAAGAACUAUUUUGCAAAGGUCGAUUGCAAAGAGCAAAUCAGAGACGUUGUGUACUUCCAGGCCAGACUCUACCACACCCUGGGGAAGACCCAGGAGAGGAACCGGUGUGCAAUGCUGUUCCGGCAGCUGCAUCAGGAACUGCCCUUCCAUGGGGUGCCCUUGAUAAAUCUUCUCUAGUGGGAACAUUGCCACCAGACCACUGUGCAGAGUAUAAGAUUUUGGACUUGUUCACACUUCCUCCCCAUAAAUGAUGUAUUUGAUGUCUGUCUUAUCAAUAAACUGCAUUCUUAUUA